AUGACUAAGAUGGCUGGUGGCCUAUCAAAAAUAUUGCCAUUCAAUACAAAACUUCGCGCAUUAUUCUUUGAUAAAUAUCCGUCCAUUCCUCCUCCUUCUCAGCAUCAACUAUUAUCGGUCAAUCUCAUCGCGCCUGCCAAACGCCAUUUGAAUUUCUUCGACGAUGUUCGUCAAACAACAAUCGGGCAAGACCCAUUAGACACAUUCGACGCAACUGGCGACUACGUUACUUAUAUGGAUAAAUUCUGGGGUGAUGUAUCCAUAUUCAAGCCGGGUAUUCGGAUCUCGUACAUUUGGCUUGUUCACAUGUUAAAUCCACAUUCGUAUCGGAAUGAUUUUCUCAAUUCAUUUGGCUUUGUGCCGUAUACACCAAAGAGAAAACUCGUCCGUACAUCGAGAAAGAAGUCUUUAAACCCAUCGAUUGAUCUUGUUGCUGCUGCACAGCGGCAACGUUUGUUUGUUGACAACAAAGUGCCGUUGCUGCGAAAACAAGUAUUCGUCAAUGAUGAAGAUUUUGUCCGUGCUCAAGAUGAUUAUGUCAAAUUUUUGCGUUUGAUCAGACUCAAAAAGCCAGAAAUAUGCGUGCCAACAUUGGAAAUUGAUCUGAUAUGGCAUACACACAUGCAAUGUCCGCACAGUUACUAUCUCGAUACUCAACGAAUAUGUGGCUUUUUCCUUAAUCACAAUGACAAUUUACCAGAUAGUCAGUUAAGAUCGGGUUUGGAAAGUACUCGCAAAGCUUGGAAAGAAGAAUACAAUGAAGAAUAUCCGAGAAAAUGCCGACGAUCUAAUGAUCAAGGUGAUGGAUGUUCAGGUGGCAGUUCAAGCAAUAGCCUACGAGAGCAACCGCCAAGUGAGAACGAUUACGUCGGUACUGAUUUUUCUGGUGAUAUGCUCGUUAUCCGUGAAAAUGUUCAAGAAAUGGAAUUGAUAAUGUCCUCCUGUUCGAACGCCUGGAGUGGUCGAGUAGCCAAGACAAGUGUUGAUGAUAAUGAGAUAAAUGGGAAGAACGGUAGUUGUGGAACGAUGACAGAAAGUGUCGCUGCAAGUUGUGGAAACUGUUCAUCGGGUUGUGGUGGUGGUGGUGGUGGAUGCGGUGGAUGUGGUGGCUGA